UGGGACAUAUAAAAAGGAAAAAAUAAAAAAACAAAAAAAACAAACAAUUGCAUGGGGCACGCGCGGAUCACGUGAAAGGAAACGAUUUCUGCGGUACUCCUCGUCCUCGGUAGUCGGCUUGGCGAGGACUGCUAAUUUAUCGCCGUGGUUUUCAUUUCCUCGGAUCUCCAUCGCCGAUCUCUCCGAUUACCGUCAGCUUCCAGCUUCUUACAGCCGCCGGACAUAGAGAACCGUUGUCCGAGAUCCCUCUCUAAUCAUAGAAUCUUUCUGGAUUAAACUAUUGAUAAUGGUCCGAGGAAGAGACGCGUGUUGGGAACAUUGCGUCCUUGUUGAUGCGACUAGACAGAAGGUUAGGUGUAAUUACUGCCAACGGGAAUUUAGUGGAGGGGUUUACAGGAUGAAGUUUCAUUUGGCUCAAAUAAAAAACAAAGACAUAGUUCCCUGUGCUGAAGUUCCUGAUGACGUGAGGGACCAGCUACGGAGUAUAUUAAACACCCCCAAGAAACAGAAAACUCCAAAGAAACGAAAGGCUGAUCGGGCAGCCAACGGUCAACAAAACAGCUCCUCUGCUAGUGGUGGCAUCAAUCCUAACCAUGGAUCUAGUGGACAGCAUGGUAGUACAUGCCCGUCUUUGUUAUUCCCACGCCCUUCUCCAAGUGCUCAGCCAGCAGUAGAUGAUGCUCAGAAGCAAAAACAGGAUGAUGCUGAUAAGAAGAUUGCUAUUUUCUUUUUCCACAAUUCUAUUCCUUUUAGCGCUGCUAAAUCCAUGUAUUAUCAGGAAAUGGUGGAUGCUGUAGCAGAGUGUGGGGUGGGCUAUAAAGCGCCAAGCUAUGAAAAAUUGAGAUCUACCCUAUUGGAAAAAGUAAAAGGCAAUGUAAAUGAUAGUUACAAGAAAUUACGAGAUGAAUGGAAAGAGACUGGUUGCACGAUUUUGUGUGAUUGCUGGUCUGAUGAUAGGACCAAAUCACUUUUAGUAUUUUCAGUUACAUGCCCUAAAGGGACAUUUUUUCUGAAGUCCAUUGAUGUAUCUGGUCGUGCAGAUGAUGCUCAUUACUUGUUUGAGUUGCUUGAAUUGGUUGUUUUGGAGGUCGGUGUUGAAAAUGUUGUUCAAGUAAUAACAGAUAGUAAUGCUAGCUAUGUUUAUGCAGGGAGGCUUCUCAUGGCCAAGUACACUUCAAUAUUCUGGUCUCCAUGUGCUUCACAUUGUAUUAAUAAGAUUUUGGAAGAUUUCAGUAAACAAGAGUGGGUGAGUACAGUCUUGGACGAGGCAAAUACCAUCACAAGGUACAUAUAUAGUCAUGCAUGGAUUCUUAAUACGAUGAGAAAGUUUACCGGUGGUAGGGAGUUGAUUCGGCCACAAAUUACUAGAUUUGUCACUAAUUUAUUAUCCUUGAGGGCCAUUGUGAUACAGGAGGACAACCUGAAGCACAUGUUUUCUCAUUCAGAGUGGUUGUCAUCCAUUUAUAGCAGGCGUCCUGAUGCUCAAGCUAUUAAAUCCUUGUUGUAUAUGGAGAGUUUCUGGAAGUUUGCACAUGAAGCUGUGAGUGUGUCCGAACCACUAGUUAAAAUUCUAAGGAUCAUAGAUGGAGACAUGCCUGCUAUGGGCUAUAUAUAUGAAGGAAUGGAGAGGGCAAAAAUUGCAAUCAAGUCAUAUUAUAAGGGUAUAGAAGAAAAAUAUGUGCCAAUUUGGGAUAUAAUUGAUAGGAGAUGGAAUAUGCAGCUUCACUCACCAUUACAUGCGGCAGCAGCAUUCCUUAAUCCUUCUAUUUUCUACAGUCUAAACUUUAAGAUCGACUCAAGGAUGAGGAACGGGUUUCAAGAAGCCAUGAUGAAAUUGGCUUUUGAAGAUAAAGAUAAAAUAGAAAUUACUAAAGAAAAUCCUAUAUACAUAAACGCUCAAGGUGCUCUCGGGACUGAUUUUGCAAUCAUGGGUAGGACACUAAAUGCCCCAGGUGAUUGGUGGGCAGCAUAUGGUUAUGAGAUUCCAACUCUGCAGAGAGCUGCAAUACGAAUAUUGGGUCAACCUUGUAGUUCUCACUGGUGUAGAUGGAACUGGAGCACAUUUGAGAGUAUACAUAUCAAGAAACGCAACAGGAUGGAGCUGGAGAAGUUCAAUGAGCUGGUUUUUGUACACUGCAAUCUCUGGUUACAAGCCAUUGUUAGAAGUAGGGAUGGGAAAUGUAAACCGAUCAUUUAUGAUGAGAUAGAUGUUAGUUCUGAAUGGCCCACUGAAUCUGAAUCUUCGUCCCCUCUCUUCGAUGAUUCAUGGUUGGACAAUCUACCCCUUGAAUGCAGAGGUAGUCCUUGACCUUGCGAGUAAGUUAAGAAGAAACAAAAAAUUUCGAUACUUGAUUGUUUGAUUUUGUAUACGGCUUUACUCUGUACUUACAAUUAUUUAAAUUAAUUAUGAUGAGUUCAGAAGUUGAUUGCUAAUCCUACUUUCUGCAUUUAAUCUCCCACAUUUAUCUUUUGAGGCUUUCACUUUUUCAGGAGAUACGAUCUUGUUCCACUUUUAGUCUAAAGGUCAACGGUAGUCUUAGUUGAUGAUGUAUCAUAUUUUUUGGCCAGUUUACCAUAAUCAGAUUUUGGAAUUGAUGACAGUGUCCUGAUAAAUGAUGUAGUACUAAAAGGAAGAUGUUGACAUUUUUUUGGAACAUAAAAUUGCAUAAGAAAUAAAUAAAAAAUAAAAAAUUCAUUCCUUGUGGAAAUUGAAUGCCCAAGAAAUUUUUUGCUGCAUCUCACGCUGUUUUCUACACCCCACUUUGCUCAGGUCCCACAGUUUAUUAUUAUUACUCGGUCGUUUAGACAUUGUUUUAAAAGUUCCAUAUGAUUCACUGUUAAACACUAUCCCAAUUUUAGAGAGAGUAUUCUGCUUAUUAAAUAUAAAUCUGUACUUAUGUCAAUUAGAGUUCGUCACGUUAGAUUGAACGGUAUUUUAGGAACUAUGUUGACAGAAGUAUGUGUCGAGGACCUUAGGGGUCAGUUAUACUUCUUAAAGAAAGCGUGUAGGUGAGAGAUUUAUAGUUUAGAUGUGAAAUUAUCCUCUUUUCUUUUCUUUUCUUUUUUUUUUUU